AUGCAUGAAGAUACUACUGGGCUACGUUUAUUGUCCAUGACGACUCCUGAAGAAUCUAGCAAUUACAAUGAGGAUGGCAUGGUUGGCUAUAUGAUGAAGCACAGGACGCUACUGGAACAAGACGCCACCAAACAAGUCACCUUCAACAACUUGCAUGAGAUUCAGUACCCUGCCAACAUCAAUGACAGCUUUAUCACAUUUGCCAUGUGCAUGAUGGAACAUGCGUCUCAUAUGGAAUCAUUGGGAACUGUACCUGGCUCUGGUCAACAACGUGUCUUUCAAGAGCUUAUGAAGCCCCCACACUUGCAUGUCAAAAGGAUUGUUAUGAAAGCGGAUCGUGAAGAAUGUGAUGAAGAGGAAGAGUUUAUUCAACACCGUGUGGACCUUGGCGUUCGAUCGAAGCUUCAAGAAAUCAAGGUGAUUCUUUCACGCGGCUCUCCAUGGCUUUGA